AUAUUUGUAGAUGUCUUCCAACUCCAGCACAAUGUGGACCAGAUUCCUGAGCUUUCUGAUAACGCUCUUCAUAAUGUUGUCAGCUGCGUCAGCAUUGCAGCCCGUCAGCAUUUCAGAUGACACCGCGGACGCCGCGAACAUCGCUCCCGUCAGUACAGCAAAUACCAGUGAAUCAUUAUGGAGAAAUGAGCGCUCCAUUCAAGUUAAUGAUACUUGUAUAAUCAUAGGAGGUAAAUGCAUCACUCCUAAGUUCCCUAAUUUGAUUACCAAAAUUGUAAAUAAAAUUCAAAAAUUCUUGCCUCCUGCAAACAGUUCACCAACUGUUAAAAAUUCGGCAAAAAUCUGCCUUUUAGCUCCUGCCAUCGCUGCCGCCAUUGCUAUCCCCUUAAUUGCACUUUGGUGGCCCGCCAAGUACAAGUCAGGUUACAGCGACGUGGAUUAUAUUUUCAUCCCUAGUGAUGAUUAUCACGGCACGGGUGGCGGUUACGGCGGCGGCGGCGGUGGUGGCUAUGGUGGUGGAGGUUACGAAGCAUCGGGCGGCAGUUCCUCGUACAGCAGCUACGCCAAGAGGUCCCUGGAGGUGAUGUCGCCGAUCAUGAACGCCCUGUACUCCGCUUACCAGAAGUACAGCGGCGACGAUGAAGAGAAACCAGCGCUGUAACUGCGCGGACGCGCGUCAUCUUCAAGGGGAACAGAGCGAGACAGCUGACGUGAGACGAUGAAACCUAAUGAACAACUGGCAAAGUUGACUGUGGAACAAUAGGUCCACAACUGACUGCAGACUGACGAAGUUGACCAAGGACUGCCAACGCGACAAAGUUAACAGAGGACUGCCAACUGACAAAGUUGACCAAGGGCUGCCAAUUGACAAAGUUGGCCAAGGACUCCCAACUGACAAAGUUGACAAAGAACUGCUAACGGGACAAAGUUGACAAGGGCUUACAACUUGACAAAGUUUACGAGGCACUGCCAACUGACAAAGUUGACCAAGGACUGACAACUGGCAAAUUUGACCAAGGAUUGCCAACUGGCAAAUUUGACAAAGGAAUGCCAACGGGACAAAGUUAACAAAGGACUGUCAAAGGGACAAAGUUUACGAAGCACUGCCAACUGACAAGUUGACCAAGGACUGUCUACUGACAAAGUUUAACAAGUGUAGCGAACUGACAGAGAUGUCCUGGAGGAUUCCUAACUGCCUGUGAACAGUGCGAUCGUUGGCAUGAUCUUUUGAACGCUGACUAUUGACGUAUUAAAAUAUUUGACUUUUUAACAUCUACGUACCAGACCCACGUCUUGAUUUGACAUCCUUAACAGCAUCAUGAAUAACGAACAAAGACCAACUGUAAAGACGAAUACUUUCUCUAUUGUGACGAAUACUCUACUUUCUCUACUGUCUUUCUCUACUGUGACGAAUGUUGUGGAACGAUUAGUUAUCAAAUAUAAAACGGCUUGAAAUGAGACGAGCAAGCAAAAAGAACUGCGGAUUGUUGUGCACAAUAACUGUGUACGUUGACUACUAUAUUUAAAAUAUUUAAAAAUUUACAUUAAAGUUGAAAAAAUGACCACAUAAAAGCACUGGUGCAAGUUCAAUAUUUUGAACUAAUGAGAGCAAAGCAGAUGUCUAGUAAUAGUUCAAUUUACAAUUUAAUAUGACAGUUCAUGCAUUGAUUUCAUGUAUAAAAAUAAUUUCUAUGAAUACUUUGAUGCCAGAAAAUCCUUUUCACCCUCACAUGCUCACGUAUUCCUUGCCAUUCUGAUUCCGCAUUGAAUAUUCCACUCAACCUGAUCACUAUUUACAUUUUAAAUACAGAUUAUUUAUUCAUAAACUUCCACAAACGUUCUUUUCCGCUGGGAAUAAGGCUAGAAUCAAGGCAACUUUACUGGUGUUUAGAUGAUGUUUUUAAUGUUUGCCGGAAUGAAAGCUAAGAUAACGAUUGUUCAAAUUAAUUUUUUAUGAAUUACGCUAAAGUUGACCGAGCAUAUGCGACUAAAUACACUUUGACGCGAACCAGGUUAUGCAAAUUUGUAUUGUAUUCUGUGAUGU